AGGCGCAUGCCCAAUGGAAAAGCUUGACGUAAGCCCCGCUUCCUCACCCUGGCAACGGGAGGGUGACUACUUCCGGUGCUGUGAGGGCUCGGGGCUGACGCGGGGUAAUUCUUCUCCUGCAAUUACUUUUGGAUGGAAGUAUGCACUUUCCCCAAUAGAAGAUGGUAAUCUCAGAGAAUGACCAUGGAGAAGGGGAUGAGUUCUGGAGAAGGGCUGCCUUCCAGAUCAUCUCAGGUUUCGGCUGCUAAAAUAACAGUCAAAGAGUUGGAAACAAAGCAAUCCCAUAAGGAGAAGCGAGGGGGCUUUGUGUUGGUACAUGCAGGUGCGGGUUAUCAUUCUGAGUCCAAAGCCAAGGAAUAUAAACAUGUAUGCAAACGAGCUUGUCAGAAGGCAAUUGAAAAGCUACAGGCUGGUGCUCUUGCUACAGAUGCAGUGACCGCAGCUCUGGUGGAACUCGAGGAUUCUCCAUUUACAAAUGCAGGAAUGGGAUCUAAUCUAAAUCUCUUGGGUGAAAUUGAAUGUGAUGCCAGCAUAAUGGAUGGAAAAUCCUUAAAUUUUGGAGCUGUUGGAGCACUGAGUGGAAUCAAGAACCCAGUCUCAGUUGCAAACAGACUCUUGUGUGAAGGGCAGAAGGGCAAGCUCUCGGCUGGCCGAAUUCCUCCCUGCUUUUUAGUUGGAGAAGGAGCCUACAGAUGGGCAGUAGAUCAUGGAAUACCCUCUUGUCCUCCUAACAUCAUGACCACAAGAUUCAGUUUAGCUGCAUUUAAAAGAAACAAGAGGAAACUAGAGCUGGCAGAAAGGGUGGAAACAGAUUUCAUUCAACUAAAGAAAAGAAGACAAUCAAGUGAAAAGGAGAAUGACUCGGGCACUUUGGACACAGUGGGCGCUGUAGUUGUGGACCACGAAGGGAACGUUGCUGCUGCUGUCUCCAGUGGAGGCUUGGCCUUGAAGCAUCCAGGGAGGGUUGGACAGGCUGCUCUGUAUGGAUGUGGCUGCUGGGCUGAAAACACUGGAGCUCAUAAUCCCUACUCCACAGCUGUGAGUACCUCAGGAUGUGGGGAGCAUCUUGUGCGUACCAUACUGGCUAGAGAAUGUUCACAUGCUUUACAAGCUGAAGAUGCUCACCAAGCACUGUUGGAGACUAUGCAAAACAAGUUUAUCAGUUCACCUUUCCUGGCCAGCGAAGAUGGCGUGCUUGGAGGAGUCAUUGUUCUCCGAACUUGCAGAUGUUCUGCAGAGUCUGACUCCUCCCAAGAUAAGCAGACACUUCUAGUGGAAUUUCUGUGGAGCCACACGACAGAGAGCAUGUGUGUUGGAUACAUGUCAGCCCAGGAUGGGAAAGCCAAGAACAUCAGGAAGAAGAGUAAAACUGACAUAGAAGAAUAUAAAGAGAAACCAGCCCAACUUUCAAUGAACUGUUUAUGGCCACAUGUGUGACAGCUUAAAAUCCUAAGAAGCCCCAGUCCCAGGACUCACAUUUCAAGACUCCCUCCCGGUGCAGUGGCAGGACAGUCCGUGGCAAUCGAAGGUGGGGUUUGCCGCCUGGAGAGCCCAGUGAACUGACCCUCAGGCUGAGCAUGAAGCGUCUGAGAGGCAUUUCAGAACCUGAGCUUUUCGGGGUUUUUAACUGAACUUGGAUGUUUUAUCUUCGCCAUUUUAUAAUUCCUGUUGCAGCCUCGUGCACUGCUCGCAACACUAGUGCUGCCGUGGUUAGCGCUUAGUGACAUGCAGGUCUUCGGCAGGUGACGGGACUGAGUGUGCGUGUGUAUGUGCGUGUGUGUGCAGUGCGUGUGCUUGCUUCUCCCCUGAUGAAAUAGAAACUCCUUACUGUGUAACCUAAGACCGGGAAUGACUAAAUCAUCUUCACAAAAUGUGUGCUUUACUGUUUACAAGUAAAACCUAGAGUUGCAGGAAACAUUUUUUAUUUCAUAAAGAGGUACCAGCUGUUGUUGAUGUAAUGUGUCCGAACUGAAGAGUAAAUCUACUUGUUUAAAUGAUUUGACAGUGGUAGUGCUCCAUUUAAUAACAGUAAUAAGUGAUACAGUGUUUUAUUUGUUAACCAGUUUAAGUGGAUCUUGUGGUAACUUAAACUGUUAUUCUCAUCCCUCAUAUGGGGCAUUUUUCUUUAACAAAGAAUGGUUUCAGUGAAACAAUCUAGCAGAGAAUUAAGGUCAGAACCUUUUUAAAUAAUAGUCUUAUUGAUAAAGUUUGUACUUCUUUCCUCAAGCUUUUCUAAGCUUAAAUACUGCAUAUCUUCGAGCUAUAUGUACUAUAUUAUGAAAGAAUAUGUAAAGAGAACAUACAGUAAUGCACAGUCCCUAAUUUGUGUAUAAUGGAAUGUUAUUUACAAUGUAACACUGUAAAUAAGAAAGCAAAAUUUAUGGGAAAAUUCAAUAUUAUCUUUGUUUCCUGUUUAAAUAUAUUUUUAAGAUAAAGGCACAAAAAUAAAAGAAGCAUAUUACUGGG